AUGUCGGACUUCACUCCCAAUGAAGAGUCAUCCAUAGGUUCACCAGCUCACAAAACAUCCUCUCCCGGCUCUCCGCCGCGCCGCAAUCUCGAACUGCUUUCUACAACUCCUCCCGGUUCGCCACCAUCGCUCGCAUUGAGCCUUCUUUCCGUUGACAAGCACGACACUGUCCAACCGGCCCCGAAUCCCAGUAGCAAAGUUGAAGGAGGAGUCUUCACGAUGGAUAAAAAGCUGCGCCAGAACAAACCUCGGCUCCUGCUUAUGGGACAGCGACGGAGCGGGAAAUCCUCAAUUACUAGUGUGGUCUUCCACAAAAUGCCCCCUCAAGAGACUCUCUUCCUCGAAUCUACGACGCGUAUUCAAAAAGACUCGGUCAGAUCAUUCAUGGAUUUCCAAGUCUGGGAUUUUCCUGGCCAACUUGACUAUUUCGAUCCUACGUUCGACACCACAGAAAUCUUCUCGGAAAUCGGCGCUCUUGUCUGGGUCAUUGACGCGCAGGAUGACUACAGUGACUCUUUGAAUCGGCUCACCACGACAAUACUAAACCUCCAGAACGCGUUUCCGCACAUCAAUGUUGAGGUAUUCGUCCACAAAAUUGACAGCCUCAACGAAGAGUUACGCUCCGACAUCUAUCAGGACAUUGUACAACGUGUCAACGACGAUCUCAGCGACGCUGGAUACAUCAACCCCAACAUCACCUAUCACCUAACAUCCAUCUACGACCAUUCCAUCUUCGAAGCUUUCAGUAGGGUUAUCCAGAAGCUCGUUCCCCAGCUCAACACCCUCGAAAACCUCCUCACCAUUCUUGUCAACAACUGCGGAAUGGCCAAAGCGUACCUAUUCGACAUUCUGAGCAAGAUCUAUGUCGCCAGUGAUAGCGGACCAAUCGAUAUGGAAGUCUACGAGAUGUGUUCGGAUUACAUCGACGUCAUUGUUGACAUCACAGACAUCUACGGAUACGAACGCAGUCACAACAAGGUGCUCGGAGAACAGAUGCAGGAAGCAGAAUCUUCGGUCACGGUACAUGAUGGAACGAUGAUCUACUUGAAGGAGAUGAAUCGGUAUCUAUGCCUGGUGGCUGUUAUCAAGAAUGAUGGGGCAAACGACAAAAAAGGCCUGAUUGACUACAACUGCCACAUCUUCCAGGACGCACUUAACGAGGUCUUUGCCCGAAACUGGGAGAAGGACAAGGCAGCGGCGAAUGGAAAUGGGGAUCAACAAGCCGCCAAUGCUGCUGAAGUGUAG